GUGCAUUAUACUUGUGUUGAUUUAAUGGAGUAUUAUACGCUGCCAGCAUCCAUUCUUAUCUUCAUUCCAUUAUUGUUUCUCAUCGUUAAACAACUCAUACCAAAAUCUGGAAAUCUUCCUCCAGGUCCUCGACCAUGGCCUGUGUUAGGAAAUAUUCUCCAAAUGGGAAAAAACCCCCAUAUUUCACUGGCAAAAUUUGCCGAAAUUCAUGGGCCAUUGAUUUCUGUCAAGCUGGGAACUCAACUGGUUGUGGUAGCUUCAUCCCCUCAUUCUGCAGCUGAAAUCCUUAAGACUCAAGAUCGUCUUCUCUCAGCCCGGUCUCCGCCCAGUGUUGUUCCAUAUGAACUCUCUGUUAUUGAUCAACACUCAAUUGUCUUUUCUAGUGAUUUGAGCAAUCACUGGAAGUUCAUGCGGGCAUUUUGUCGAACACAUUUGUUCUCACCCAAAGCGGUAGAGUCACAGGCUGCUCUGAGGGAGAAAAAAGUGUCGGAAAUGAUAGAUUUUCUUAGGUCUAAGAAAGGGGAAACUGUGAAGAUUUCUGAAAUUCUGUUUGGUACCAUUUUAAACACGUUAGGGAACCUUUUCUUUUCAAAAGAUUUAGUAUGUGAUUUGGAUUAUGAAAGAAACACCAGUGAGAUCAAACGUGUUUUUAGAAAAUUUAUAGAAUUGGGAGCUAUGCCAAAUAUAUCAGAUUUCUAUCCUUUAGUUGAGGCUCUGGAUCUGCAGGGAUUGGGAAAGCAGACGGAAAUAUAUCAGAGUCGAUUGAUCAACAUCUGGAGUGAAAUUGUCAAGGAAAAAAGGCAGGCAAUUAGCCGUCACAGCUCGGAUUUUUUGGAUAUAUGCAAAUUCUUGAUGAUUAUGAAGUAUUUUGGAGUGGUUGUACUUGAUUUUGUUUUGUUUUUUGUUAGAUUUAUUGAGGUUAAGGAGUACAAUCACGGAUAUUUCAUGCUUCAAGCCAAUGACUGA